CGGUUCUAACCACGCCUAAUUUUGCUAUGAGCUCGCAAAUUGAUAAUUCUGUGUCUUAUUUUCUUUUAGGUAAUAUUCCCCGUGGAUUCCGCUCGUACAACUUAAGAGCUUAUUUCUCUCAUUUGGUGGAAAAAGAGGCGUUCGUUUGCUUUCAUUUCAGACACAGGCCAGAGUUUCUGAAUAAUUCUGGAGGACCAGCCACGCCCUCUGGCAACGAAAAGACCACACCUACAGCCAGCAAACAUAAAGAUGUAAACACUGAACAGAAAACGAUGUCGAGAACAGAAAACGAAACUGUUGACGACACUAGUUUUAUCGAUUAUACAAAAACAACUACAAGAAGCAGCGAAACUGCACAAAACUUUAAUGCAGAUGCGGCAGUACAAGCUAAUACUCAUUGCUGUCCAUUAUCAGUAAAGAGUGAGCAUGUGAAGGAGCUAUUGAGUUAUAAUGGUAAACACUGGACUGAUGGUAAUGAUGAUAUUAUGAGGGAGAGGGUGAGGAUACAAGCUCUCAAGUUACGGAGUGAAGAGUCGACUAGUGAAGGUUCCCACAAACAGAAUAAUAGUCUGAGCAGUGAUCAGAUUCUCUCUCUUGUUGAAUUCAGCCCACCAUCUUCAAUGCCUCAAGGAAACAUUGGUACCUCCCUAAAAGUAUUUCAAAAUCUAAUAAGAACCUGUCGGCUUCCUCCAAGUGUCAUCAAAAAACUUAGACUCGUUUUCCCAUCUCAUUCAAAGCGAUAUGGUGCUGUGCCACUAGACUAUGGCAUUGCGAAAAAAGGAAAGUCUCUCUCAGAUUUUAGAAAAGACGAACUGAAGCAACCAGCUGGUAGGAAAAAAAGGAAGUUGGAGGAAGAAGAGGAUAGAGUGGAAUUAGAGGAAGAAGAUGAAGAAAUUGAGCAAGAAAACGAGAAUGACGACUUUGGAGCUGAGGAUUGGGAAAGAUAUGAAGCACUUCAUGAUGAUGUUGACAAGCAGGACAGAACAUCAGAGAGACUUUUUGAGGAUGAAAUGGAAGUAACUUGGGACAAGGGAAGCAGUGGGCUAGUCUUCUAUACUGAUGCCAGUUACUGGCACCAGCAAGAAGGAGAUUUUGAUGAGCAAUGUUCACAAGAGGAUGACUGGGAUGUUGAUAUGAGCUUAUACUACGGAUAUGAGAGUGCAGAUAAACCGGCUAGAGAUAUGAGGGACAUGGAGAUUGAGAAGAGGCUUAGAGCUGGUGAAGAUUUGCAAGACAUAGUAAAGAAAAAACCAACAGAAAGUUUUGGUAGAAAAAUAAUGAAGGAGAAAGGUUGGAAAGAAGGCACUGGACUAGGUCCAUCAUCUUUAGGAAUCUCAGAGCCAGUGGAAGCUGAAGGACAGAGCUCGCACUGUAAAACAGGACUGGGGUAUAGAGGUGAAAAAUUAACAUUAAAGCCACAGGCAAGAAAAAAGACAAGAGAAGUUUUAAUUCCAACAAUUUACGACGAGAAAGAUGAAGAAAAGGAUACUGUAAUGAAACGCGGACCUCCGACUGUUUUAAAAUAUAGAGACAAAUCAUUUCCAUCAAGAUAAAUAAUUGAUAAA